UACACCAACCAUAUCAUCAUCCUCGCAUGUGAGAACAUUUGCUUGAUUUUUGAGUAAAUUUCACCAAAAGCAAAGAACACCGUUUUUGUUCAACAAAAGUGAAGGCAAGACAGCAAAGAGGGUGUGCAGCAAAGAGGGUGUGGAAAGCGCCCACCUCCCACUCUACUCGCGUUCCCAUGGUGCAACACAGAUGAUCGGGCGCCGACUUCGUCUCGGUGUCGGUGCCCGCUACCUCACCACGGCAGCCGUCCGGCGUGGGGACCUCGCCGGCGCCGCGGAGACCUUCGCGUCCACGCCCCGCAAGACCACAGCCGACUACAACCGCCUCCUCGCGGGCUACGCAAGGGCGCCCGGCGGCCGCCUCGCGGACGCGCGCCACCUGUUCGACCGAAUCCCGCACCCCGACGUCGUCUCCUACAACACGCUCCUCUCCUGCCACUUCGCCGCCGGCGACGUCCGCGGCGCCCGGGAGCUCUUCUCCGCGAUGACGGACAGGGACGUCGCGUCCUGGAACACCAUGGUAUCCGGGCUGUCCAGGAACGGGGCCGUGGGGGAGGCCAGGGCCUUGUUCCUGGCUAUGCCUGCGAGGAACUCCGUCUCCUGGAACGCCAUGGUUUCCGGGUUUGCCUUCGCUGGAGACAUGGGCAUGGCCGAGGAGUGCUUUAGGGACGCGCCCGACAAGGAGGACGCCGUUCUUUGGACAGCCAUGGUGUCAGGGUACAUGGAUGCCGGGGACGUGGACAAGGCAACGGAGUUGUUCCAGGAAAUGCCGGUGAGGAACUUGGUUUCAUGGAACGCCAUGGUUGCUGGCUAUGUAAAAAAUUCACGCGCGGAUGAUGCUUUGAGGGUGUUCAAGACGAUAGUCAGGGAUGUCGAUGUUCGGCCAAACGAGUCGACAUUAAGUAGUGUGCUCCUUGGAUGCAGCAACCUGUCUGCCCUGGGAUUUGGGAGGCAGAUACAUCAGUGGUGUAUCAAGCUGCCGCUGAGUUGGAGAAUAACUGUUGGCACGUCGCUCGUGAGCAUGUACUGCAAGUGCGGCGACUUGGACGGCGCGUGCAAGCUGUUCAGUGAGAUGCGUACAAGGGAUGCGGUUGCAUGGAAUGCAAUGAUUUCAGGCUAUGCACAGCAUGGCCACGGGCAGGAAGCUAUCAACUUGUUUGAAAAGAUGAAGGCUCAACGUGUUAAGCCUAACUGGAUUACUUUUGUGGCAGUAUUGACAGCUUGUAUCCACACUGGAUUUUGUGAUUUUGGAAUACAGUGUUUUGAGACAAUGCAGGAAAUGUACGGAGUCGAGCCCCGGGCUGAUCAUUACUCUUGCAUGGUGGAUCUUCUGUGCCGAGCCGGUUUGCUUGAAAGAGCUGUGUGCUUGAUUCGCUCUAUGCCUUUUGAGCCACAUCCUUCUGCCUAUGGCACUCUAUUGGCUGCUUGCAGAGUUUAUAAGAACCUGGAGUUUGCUGAGUUUGCUGCUGGAAAGCUGAUCCAACAGAACCCACACAGCGCAGGCACAUAUGUACAGUUGGCAAAUAUUUAUGCUGUAGCGAAUCAGUGGGCCGACGUCUCCAGAGUAAGGAGGUGGAUGAAGGAUAAUGCAGUUGUCAAAACACCUGGGUAUAGCUGGGUUGAGAUAAAGGGCGUGAUUCAUGAGUUCAGAUCAAAUGACAGAUUGCAUCCUCAGCUUCGUUUGAUUCAUGAAAGAUUGGACCGGUUGGAGGAGCGGAUGAAGGCAAUGGGUUAUGUUCCAGAUCUUGAUUUUGUACUGCAUGAUGUAGACGAGAGUCUUAAGGUGCAGAUGCUAAUGAGGCACAGUGAGAAGCUCGCUAUUGCUUUUGGCCUCAUUAGUACUGCACCUGGGUUAACCUUGAGGAUAUUCAAGAAUCUCAGGGUCUGUGGAGAUUGCCAUAAUGCUGCGAAGCUCAUCUCCAAGAUCGAGGAUCGAGAAAUCAUCUUGAGGGAUACAACACGUUUCCAUCACUUUAAAGGUGGGCAUUGUUCAUGUGGGGAUUACUGGUGAAGAAAGCCAGUAACAAGGUAUGAUGUAUACAGGCAAGUUUGAUAGGGAUGCACCAGUAGUUGAUCCUUAACAAGAGCAAGACAUGUGAUGUAUUGGAUCUGCGAAGUAGUCAACAUUCUAACAUGUGAGAAAUUACCAUAGUGAUUUCUUAGUGUUGUUGCUUGGACAACAUGUUGUGCCCUGUGAGGUUAGGCAAAGCCUAAUAACCUAUUGUGGCACUUGACAGACACAUUGUUGAUUGAUGUGGCAUGAGUGCAAAAUCAAGAAGCAAGGUGUAUGGAAGGACUGACGAAGCGCAUUUGAUUUAUAAUUCACAUCUACGUAUCAGGUAGUUGGAGAUGUGUAUGCUCCAAUUCUCAGCACUAUUCGUACUGCUCCAGUAGUUGAUUCGUGAGUUCAGAUCAACUGACAGUUUGCACUUGUCAGCCUCGUUUGAUUCAUGAAAGAUUGGACCAGUUAGAGGAGCACAUGAAGGCAAUGGUUUAUGUUGUAGAUCUUGAUUUUGCACUGCAUGAUGUAGAUGGAUGAGAGAGUCUUAAAACGCAGAUGCUGGCACUGGCGAAUCCAGGAAGAAAAUGGAGGGUGAGCUCAAAGUUAACACCGGCUGCCGCACAACUUAUUUAUGUGGGCAGGCUUGAGCCCAUCCAAGCCUGGUCCUCAGAUUCAGGUUAACCUUGAGGAUUUUUAAGAUUACGAGGGUUUGUGAAGAUUGCCAUGCCGGGUCCAGUUAUAGCAUCGUCACGAGCUCAGGCUGCAAGAGUGCAUCGCCACGAUGCCAAGCUUUGUGACCACGAUGUGCGCCGCCAACCUCGCCGAAUCAUCCUUCUACCAUCAGGAACAACUGAAGCCAAGGCACGACCCACCAGCGGAACCGGCGACCUCAAGGCACACCACUUCCAUCUGCAGCCACUACGAGGCCCACCGCCACCAGAUCGGACACCCCCAAGGCAUGUUCAGACUCCAGAGACGAAGUCAAUCCAAAGUGCCCAACGAUUGCUGGUUCAGAUAAGAAGCAUUGGGAGGAUAAGCAUUACAUACUGCAGGCUUGGGGGCGGGCUAUGCAAAUAACCUGGACAUGUUUUUCUCCUCGCUUGAGCUUUUAUGCCACCACUAUUCCGAUCUGCUCGGUGUAAUCGUGGUGUCAUUAGUGUUCAUCCAAAUUACACAAUGAAAUAGAAUCAGAUGUUGGUAGAUGUCUUGUACCGAUGCAACAAUUAUACUGCUAUAUGUUCUACCUACAGAAGUCAAAUUUGGCGGAGUUAAUUCUUAGAAACCUCAUCUUAUUAUCAUGGGCACAUAUUAAUCGAACAAUGAUGUUCAAACAAUAAAAAUAACAAUUAAUAGCUAUUUCUUGACCA